AUGGACGCGAAGACCGCCACCGUAGAGGAGCAUGGCCGAUCUCCUCACGACCCUGCGCAGACCGGCCGACUGGAGGUUCCUGAAGUGACGUGGUACAAGGAGCCUGGCCUGAGGAAACUCUACCUGAUGAUCCCGAUACUGUUCCUGGGGGCCACCAUCAACGGCUAUGAUGGAUCGUUGCUCAACGGGCUGCAAACGCUGAAACCAUGGCAAGAAUACUUUGACCAUCCCCGUGGCAGUCGCAUCGGACUCUUCACGGCGAUGCAGAACAUCGGUGCCAUCGCAGCCAUGCCUUUCUCCGCCAUCGUUGCCGAUAGAUUUGGUCGCAGAAUGGGCGUUACAGUGGGACUACUGGUUCUAUUUGUUGGAGUCAUACUCCAGGUCGUUCCGGGGGUCGACUCAAAUCAAUUCAUCGGUGGCCGUUUCCUAGUCGGCUUCGGAUCCAACCUCUCACAAGGCUCGGCGCCGCUACUGAUCAUGGAACUUGCGCAUCCCCAGCAUCGUGGCAAGCUGAGCACCAUGUAUAAUACACUUUGGUUCGUCGGAGCGAUCAUCGCGGCCUGGACGUGCUUCGGCAUGGUCAAGUAUACUUCUGAAACCUCGUGGAGGGUCCCGACGGCGCUGCAGGCUCUCAUGCCAUUUAUCCAAAUCAUCGGUGUCUGGUUCCUGCCAGAAAGCCCGCGCUGGCUGUGUUCAAAGGGGCGUUUCGAUGAAGCAUUCGGUGUCCUGGCCAAGUACCACGCAAACGGCAAUGUAAAUGAUCGCUUCGUGAAGGGCGAGUUCCGCGAGAUUCAAGAAACCAUACAACUUGAGAAGGAGACCUCGAGGAACAAUGGAUGGCUGGAGUUGGUCCGCACUCCGGGUAAUCGCAAGCGAGUGAUGUUGAUCCUCCUAGUAUCGUUCUACUCUCAGGCGUCUGGCAACGGCCUCGUAUCAUUCUACAUCAAAGAUAUAUUGACAUCGGUUGGUAUCACGGAGUCAUACGAUCAGUCCUUGAUCAAUGGCGGCGUUCAGCUUUGGUCUUUCUUCGUUGCGAUCGGGUUCUCAGUGUUCUUGGUCGAUCGAUUCGGAAGGAAGAAGCUCUUCUUGAUCGCUGCUGUGGGUAUGCUGGUGGCCUUCACCAUCUGGACUGCAUGCUCGGCCGUCUACGCCCAAACUAAGAAUGCAGCCGCUGGACAAGCUGUCAUCGCCAUGAUCUUCCUCUUCUACGGCGCUGCUGGAUUUGCCUGGCCAGGUUUGACUGUCGCAUAUUGUGCCGAAAUUCUCCCAUACAACAUCCGCGCGAAGGGGAUUGCGCUGCAGUUCGCUAUGACAUCUGUGACUUCCGUCGCAAAGAACUAUAUCAACCCGGUAGGACUGAAGAACCUACAGUGGAAGUUCUACUUCGUCUACAUUGCGAUUCUCGUCGUGGAAUGCAUAAGCAUAUGGUCCCUCUUCGUGGAAACCAAGGGCCCGACCCUCGAGGAAAUCGCAAUAUUAUUUGACGGAGACAGUGCGCGGGGCGGGGAUGUCUCUGGAAUGGUUGGGCCGGAAAACGGCAAGGACGACAACCUAGAAUUGGAGCGCGUGGUGACCAAGUAGGCUAGUAACAGGAGCCACAUGGUAUUGCGUACUGUCUCUGGGGCAGUGCUGGCGUGUAUUUCCCCAAAUAUCAUCGUCGCAAUAUGGACAGUGCGUCGUUCACUUGUCUCUCACGAGUUGCGGUAACGACCGAAUUGCCUUGUGCAGAUGCCCCGGCAUGCUUGGGGUCAAUGGGAAAGGAAUGUUGAAGCAGGAACUUUACCAUCCACGGAUCGGCUCGGUGUGUGUUCGGGUCCGCAGAGCGGAGACACAUGUUUUGGAAGGUGAACAGCCGGUCCGUC